AUGGAUCCCUUCGAGGUGCGCAUUCGCUUUACGCAGCACUUGCAGCACUUGAAUGCAAGUGUUACGAGCUCGAAUAAGGCGGCACAAUAUGCGUUGAAAUACAGGGACAUGGAUGAGGACUUACACAGUUGUAUUUUGGAGCAGUUGGAGCGCAAUAAUAUGAACAAUAGGGCCAAUAUAAUGUACUUCAUUGAGCAGCUCUGCGAUAUGGCGGCGAAAGAGAACCAUUACGAUUAUGUGCGCAUGAUGCAGAGAGAUAUCCUGCGCGUUGUUGAUGCUGUUGCGCCGGAAGAUGGAUCUGGAGCUGCCAAUGUAAAAGUGGUUCGAAAGGUUCUUCAGGGCCUUCAGCAAAAGUCGUUCUUACUCGCCCAGACCGUCUCCGAGAUCGAAGAAUGCCUCAAGGAGCGCGACACGGCUCCGGAUACCGUUGGCCUCUCAUCCCCUCUUGACCCAGACACCGAAAUGGGCGGCACCGCCCUUUCUAUUCACGCCACUCCCAAGUCUGCUAGGAUCAACGGUGCCUAUCCCCGCUUAGACAAGAAGCAGAUUGAGCAGAGAAUCGAGGAGGACAGAGAGCGACAUAAGCGGUUGAGGGAAAAUAUCUGGGCAGUUCCGCAAGGAGGGGUCGAUGACCGAGAAUUCCAGAAGAUGUGGGACGAGACGAGUGAGGUUGGUGAGGACGACUUUCUCCUCUAUGAGGAGGAGGCGGCGGAGAGGGAUGAGGCGGCUAAGGACUGGGAGGAAGAGUACAAAAAUCGAGUGACGGCAAAUGAGGCUCCGUGA